UGAGUCCCGUCAAUUGGUUCUCAAUAAGGACCUUUUCUUCUUCUUCAUCUCCCCAUAGCUAAUAUCAUUGUAUACUAAUCUCUCUCUCUCUCGUUUCGCCAUGGAUGAACACUACGACGUUAUCGUUCUCGGAACUGGUCUCAAAGAAUGCAUCCUCAGUGGCCUUCUCUCUGUUCAUGGUCUCAAAGUAUUGCAUAUGGACAGAAAUGACUAUUAUGGAGGGGAGUCUACCUCACUCAAUCUUACUCAGCUAUGGAAGCGUUUCAAGGGCAAUGGUACAAUUGCAGAACAUCUAGGCUCGAGCAAGGAGUAUAAUGUUGAUAUGAUACCCAAGUUCAUGAUGGCAAAUGGUGCUCUGGUUCGUGUUCUCAUCCACACAAAUGUCACCAAGUACUUAAACUUCAAGGCUGUGGAUGGUAGCUUUGUCUACAACAAAGGAAAGAUAUAUAAAGUUCCAGCCACUGAUGUGGAAGCUCUGAAAUCUCUAUUAAUGGGACUGUUUGAGAAACGCCGAGCAAGAAAGUUCUUCAUUUAUGUUCAAGACUAUGAAGAAAAUGACCCAAAAUCCCAUGAAGGGCUAGAUUUGAACAAAGUUACUGCUAGAGAGCUUAUCAUGAAGUAUGGAUUGGAAGAUGAUACAAUAGACUUCAUUGGUCAUGCCUUGGCUCUUCAUAUUGAUGAUUCUUAUUUAGAUGAGCCAGCCAUGGAAUUCGUACAGAAAAUGAAGCUCUAUGCAGAGUCUCUGGCACGAUUUCAAGGAGGGUCUCCUUAUAUAUAUCCAGUGUAUGGAUUGGGAGAGUUGCCUCAGGCAUUUGCUCGUUUAAGUGCAGUUUAUGGUGGAACUUACAUGCUCAACAAGCCAGAAUGCAAGGUAGAGUUUGAUAGUGAUGGGAAAGCAAUCGGAGUCACCUCAGAGGGAGAAACAGCUAAAUGCAAUAAAGUCGUGUGUGAUCCAUCAUAUCUACCUGAUAAGGUUGUGAAGGUUGGAAAAGUUGCUCGUGCUGUAUGUAUAAUGAGCCAUCCUAUUCCAGAUACCAUGGAUUCUCACUCUGCCCAGGUUAUUCUGCCUCAGAAGCAACUCGGUCGUAAAUCCGAUAUGUACCUAUUCUGUUGCUCUUAUACUCACAAUGUGGCUGCAAAAGGGAAAUACAUUGCUUUUGUUUCGACCGAGGCAGAGACUGACAACCCAGAAGUAGAAUUGAAACCCGGGGUUGACCUACUUGGACCUGUGGAUGAGAUAUUUUAUUACACCUACGACAGAUUCAAACCCACUAACAAUCCUGAAGCUGACAACUGCUUCAUAUCAACUAGCUAUGAUGCAACUACGCACUUCGAGUCCACAGUAAAAGAUGUUCUUGCCAUCUACAGCAAGAUUACUGGAAAGGAGCUUGAUCUAUCUGUGGAUUUAAGUGCUGCAAGUGCUGCUGCUGAAGAAUAAUUGGACAUUUGCUAAUAUUUUAUUAAUUGAGAAAAGUCUCAAUUUCUUUCUAUUUAUUUCAUUGAUCCAUUUUUUUUUCUUUCUAAAAUUGGAAUAAAAUGAUCUUUACACUCAUAGAUUAGUGCGAAGAUAGGAUUUUACUUUUUUGUUUUGUACGACGAGGGACUUCCUGUCUACGGAUACGGAAUCAGGCUUAUUAUCUUUCUAUUCAUUUGUGUGGAUCUUUAUAUUCAUUAAAUAAUUGAUU